CGGCAACCGGCCACGUCACCAUGAGCUCCCAACCCCGCCGCAUCCGUCUGAAGCCCUGGCUGGUGGCGCAGGUGAACAGCGGGCAGUACCCGGGACUUCGUUGGGUGGAGCCGGAACGCAAGCAGUUCUGCAUUCCGUGGCGCCACGCCACAAGGCACAUCCCCACCCAAGAAGACGAGAACACCAUUUUUAAGGCCUGGGCGAAAGAGACCGGCAAGUACAAUGAAGGGGUAGACGAACCGGAUCCCGCCAAGUGGAAAGCCAACUUACGCUGCGCCCUCAACAAGAGCCGGGAGUUUAACCUCAUCUACGAUGGGACCAAGGAGACGCCCAUGCAGCCGUACAAGAUCUACGAGGUUUCCGAUGUGCCACAGCCCAAUGGAGAGUCCUUUGCUGGAGAUGAGCAGGCCGGAGGUGAAGAGGAGGAAGAGUUACAGAAGAUGAUGCCAACGCUGAAUAUUGCAGAUUCCGGACACGUCGUGGAGCCGCGGCCCCCGUACCCAUGGCUGAAGCAAGAAAUCCCAUACCGCCACUCUUGCGCCAACGGGCCUUUCCCGCACUUGGGGCCCCAGGAAGUCCCGGGCGUGUCUCCUCCACCUCCUUCCGUCGGCCCGCCCUCGGCCUUUGCAGCCGGAGGGGAGUCGGCCGCACCAAACUUCGCCGAAACAGCCAGCAGGAUGCCGCUGGCCCCUCUCAUCCCCGGGGCCGCGGAGGCCCUGCCCCAGGCGGUCUGUGCCAUAGCCUCCGCGGAGCACUGGAUCCCCGACUUGCUGAUCAGCCCCCAUAUGCUGCCACUGACGGACCUGGAGAUCAAGUUCCAGUACCGCAGCCGCUCGGUCGGGAACCUGACCGUCAGCAACCCCCACGGCUGCCGUCUCUUCUACAGCAACCUGGAGCCCACUCAAGAGCAGGAGGCGCUCUUCGGGCCUGUGACGCUAGAGCAGGUGCGCUUCCCCAGCACGGAGGGGGUGCCCAACGAGAAGCAGCGCUUCUACACCAACCAGCUGCUGGACGUCUUGGAUCGGGGCCUCCUCCUGGAGCUGGAAGGCCAGAACAUCUACGCCAAGCGGCUCUGCCAGUGCAAGGUCUUCUGGACGGGGCCCUGCGCGGGGGAGCUGACUGGCCCCAACCCCAUCGAGCGCGAAACCAAAAUCAAGCUCUUCAGCUUGGAGACCUUCCUCAAUGACCUCAUCAAGUUCCUGAAGGGCCAGAGCCCCGUCCCCCCGCCCUACGAGAUCUUCUUCUGCUUUGGAGAAGAAUGGCCAGACCACAAACCCAGAGAGAAGAAGCUGAUCACGGUCCAGGUGGUUCCGGUGGCCGCUCGCCUCCUCCUGGAAAUGUUCUUCGGGGAGCUGUCCUGGUCGGCCGACAGCGUCCGCCUGCAGAUCUCGCACCCGGAUCUCAAAGACAAGAUGGUCGAGCAGUUCAAGGAGUUGCACCAGCUCUGGCAAACUCAGCAGAACGUCCAGCUCCAGGCCCUGCAGCCGGCGGGCCCGGAAACGUGGCCGAUGCAGACCAACGCCGCCGACCCCAUGCAACAGUGAGGAGCGCAGGGGGCCCUUCCGCACCCGACCCCACCCC